AUGGGUUGCGUGCAAAAGGUCUACAGCAGACUCAACUUGCCGCUGCCCUACGACCCGAACCUACGAGGCAUGCGCAUCGGCAACCUAUUCCGGCUUGCGAACUACAGAGUUCGCACAGUCGGGAUUUCAGAGAUCAAGACCACGUUGUCGGGCGCGAUGGAGAUGCCCGAGCAACUAGCGCUGUAG